AUGGCUGCCACGCUGUCAUUUCGAUGGCUGGAAAUUCUUGAAAAAGAAUUUGAUAAAGCUUUUGUGGAUCUUGACAUAUUGCUUGGUGAAAUAGACCCAGAUCAAUGCGAACUAACAUUCGAGGGAAGACAGAAAAUGACAGCUUUGAGCGCAGCAUUUGCACAACUUUGUCAUAAAGCCCAGACUGUUUUUCAGUGCAAUGCAAAAUUGGAGGCCCAGCUGGUUGACAUGAGAUCCGAGUUGGUUGAGGUCCAUGCCACCAAGUCGGUGGUGGAACAAGAACUUCACAUAAUGCUGCUGCAGCUGCACUCGUCACAGCUAGAGGUCCACGCAGCUCGGGGCAUCGAGGUGGAUUCCGAUGACAUCAAAGGAAAUUGGUACGAAGCUGAAAUCUCUAGCAGAAAAUCUGGUGCCAUGGCUAUAUCCCGAUUAGAAGCAGAAUUGAAGGGACUGAGGAAGGAAAAUUCUGAACUACGACAGUAUAUUUUAGCUUUACAAAGUGAAGUGUACGGGGCCAGGUUGGCAGCUAAAUACCUUGAUAAGGAACUAGCUGGCAGGAUUCAGCAGAUUCAGCUGCUGGGUCGUGACAUGCGAGGUGCCGAACACGACAAACUCUGGAACCAGCUGGAAGCCGAAAUCCAUCUACACCGUCAUAAAACAGUCAUCAGAGCAUGUCGAGGUCGCAGCAAUUACAAGAAACAUCUCCCAGUGCCUCCAGAACAUGAUUUCCAGGCAUUAAAGAAGAAACAUGGCUUAGGUGAUAUUCGCAUUGUUAAAUUAACAAAAGGGAACGACGAAGGUCUUGGUAUGUCAAUAACAGGAGGCAAGGAGCAUGGUGUUCCUAUCUUGAUCUCCGAGAUCCAUGCAGGCCAGCCUGCUGAGAGGUGUCAGGGUCUGUUUGUCGGAGACGCAAUACUCUCGGUGAACAACAUCGACCUCCGUCAGGCUAAACACUCGGAAGCUGUUCAGAUCUUAUCACAACAGCAAGGAGAGAUAACCAUGGAAGUGAUGUUUGUGGCACCGGAUGAAGACAGCGAUGAUGAAAACAAAGAAUACGAAGAUGAACAUGGAUUUAGAUAUAGAAUAUAUGAUGAAGAAGUGUUCUCUGAUGGUAGUAACAGAGGCAGCCAUCACAAUGGCUCUGCCAGUCAGUCUGUAGAAAAUGGUCCCAUUCCACACCCCAGCAGAAAACCUGCUCAUGAAAGUCAGACGAAUCCAGCACAUGCACAUCCCAGCCAGUCGCGAGGCGCCGGGGCUCGGCAGGUGGAUGUGGGUGAACUUCAUCCAAACAGUAUACAGCAUAACGAGUUGGACCCCAGCCCAGUGUUUAGUGGAAGUCAGUAACCAGGCAUUGUAUUCCUGUUGAGUGGAUCGGAGAGGCUGACCAUGUUCGUUUUGAGUGUUAAUGUUGGCAUCUUGCUCAUACUAGAUUUGUUUGUAUGGAAAUGUUUUUUGGGUCUGUUACAGUAUUUGUGUUUUAAAAAUUCCAAUCACCUGGGUUCAAAUAUGUAAAAAAAUAAAAAUAAAAAUAAAAAUAAUAUAUAUAUAUAUAUAUAUAUAUAUGAUUGUUCCAGUGGGUAGCAUUGCUUUGUUUUGAGUUUGUAGCAAAUCCAGCACAAAUUUUAUUAUUGUUGGUCUGGUUAGCUUUUGAGUUGGUAUUUUUACAAAGAAUUCAAGGGGAUUUUAACAAGUGAUUUUGCUCAUUUUAAAUUAAAAUGAUAAUGUAUUAUAUUUCGAAGAGUUUGUAAUGAAUUUUUUUAGUUAAUGCGAUUGUAAUAAAUUAUCUUUGUUAAUGAUAUAAGAACCUAUGAAUAUUAAAUGCAAGUUAUUGACAAUCAUUAAUAGUGUGUAAAAUAUACUGAUUUGAAAUUGCUCUAUUGGACAAACUGCUGGGUAAAAAGAUUUUUAAUUUUGUUUUUCAUUAAAGAAACUUUAUUUUUUGUAUUGUUUAGUUGUACUAACAUCAGUAAACCAGCAUACAUUGAUGUAUGUCACGUUUUGGAAAUGAAAUCUUUAAAUGUUACAUAUGAAGUAUAUUUUCUUGCUUAAAACAUCGCUGUUAUAGUCAGUUUGUUUCUGGCCAUCCUUAGUAUCUCAAACUUUUACUUCCCAAUAACUUUGUAUGUACCAAAAAUAUAUAUUUCAGAAAAUAAAUGAAGUUUGAGCUACUACAAACAUGAGGGUGAUAAAAACAUUUUGAAUAUACAGACAUUGAUUUUCGAAACAAAAAAGUUUAUUUAGUAUGUAAUUUAGUCUUUAGAGAGGUUCUGUUAGUUUGAAAAUUCCGACUUCUUCGUCCUAACAACCCUUACAGUAAUUUACAAAAUGCUGUAGUCUUUGUGUUAAAUGUGAUUGUAAAAUCUGUGUAUUUAAAAUACAUAUCUGUGUUCUAUGUUAUAAAAAGUAAUAUAUUUGUAUGCAUGAGAAAAAAAAAGUAUAACAUAAUCACCAAUUUCAUUCCAACAGACAAUUCAAUUUCCUUUAAUGUUAGUCUCAUCUCACCAUAUUAUAACAUCAUUUACUAAUACGAAAUACCAACACAGCUACAGUUUUAAUAAAUCUGUGAUGUCAUUAUCAACUUAUUGUCAGCGACCUUCAUUUAAUCUACAAGUCUGUGUUUUUAAUACUUUGUAAUGUAAACCACUGAGAUAGCAGCCCGUUUUUCGGUUUUAAAAUGGAGAGUAAUCCUUGUUUCUGACAUAGAUAGUGUGUAUCGCCAAACGAUAUAAAAAAAUUGUGUUUGGGGGGGUAAGAAAAUCAAUGUUGAUGACCUAUUCUGAAUAGUUAUAUCAUUUUAAAAUAUACCUAAGACGACACUUUUUAAAUAAGGUGAGACAAAUUAUGUAAAAUGUCCCAGUAAUUUUAAGUUAUUUUACCAUUUUCUGUAUUAUUUCUGACCAGAUUAGAUAUGUUGUAACACAGCAUUGUGGGUGGGUGGGUUUUUUGUUUUUGUUUUUGGGGGGGGUCCUCUGGUUCUUGCAUACCACAAAUAAUGGAUAGGCUCUUAUUACUUGGUGACUGUGGUCCACUUAAGGUAAUAGUACUAAUAAUACCUGUUCACAAAAAGAGUGUAACAGCUGCAGUCAGUUUUGGAUGCGCAUGUACUUGAAAAGAUAGCCAUGGUGGUUGAGGCAUAUGGGAACCAUUUCAUUUUCAUUUCAACACAUUUUCUGUUCUUAUAUCCAAUUAAGAUUCAAGCACGCUGUUCUGGGAACACUCCUCAGCUAUCUGGGCUGUCUGGCCAGGACAGCGGGUUAGUUGUUAAU